AUGGCCGUCUUGACAGGGAGGCUGUUUCGCCUGCGUUCCAUGGCCACCACGUGCAUCGUUCGGCCAUUUCGAGUAUUCGGUAUAACAAAUAUUAUCAUCGCCCUUAUUGUUGUCAUAGGCCUGCUUGUGUUUCUCCCUUCAAAGAGCACUGACACCGUUUAUCGCUUUGUCAAAAGUUACGGGUCAGGAAACAAUGAGUUAGAAGAGGAGUUCAUACCAACUGGGCCCCCGAAAACCAUCCUAUUUUGGAAUGAUGACUGGGGCUACAUGAAAGAUGGCGUGGACGGACUUUUCAAAGAACUGAACUGCCCGGUUAGUAACUGUAUCAUGACGCUAAACCAGAGUAAACUCAACGAGGCAGAUGCUGUGCUUUUACAUAUCUGUCCUCUAGCGAACAAGAAGAACCCAGUUUGGCCAACGCGAACGAAUCCCGACCAAAUAUGGAUAUUUUACACCCACGAGAGUCCCUGUUUUAGGGGGUUUGCUGGGAAAUGGGAACAGUUAUACCCGGAAUGGGACAGUAAAGGUUUUAACUGGACAAUGACAUACAGAGCCGAUUCUGACAUUCCGAUGUUUUACGGAGACGUGUGGAAAAGGGAGACCCCAACGAAUAAGAAUUACACCGAGGUUGCCUUGAGAGAGAAAAAACUGGCUGUCUGGAUAUCUAGCCACUGUGAAACAUUUGGACAAAGAGAGUACUAUAUUAAAGAACUAAGAAAACACAUGCCCUUGGACAUAUUAGGUGAGUGCGGGGAUCCUAAUGGUUGUCCCAUGGAAAAUAGAGGUUAUAUUGAUGACACUUGCAUGGACCUGGUUGGCGAAAAUUACAAAUUUUUUCUAGCAUUCGAAAACAGUUUCAGUUUCGAUUACGUCACGGAAAAGUUUUUCAAAACUUUGCGAGGGGACUUUGUUGUUGUAGUUCGCGGCGCCGCAGACUACACGCGUCUUGGCGCCACACCGGAAAUGUACAUCAAUACCGCCAACUUCUCCCACCCGCGGGAUCUCGCCGCAUACCUCAUGAAGAUCGACAAAGAUCCUGCCUUAUAUGCAAAAAUGCUUGAAUGGAAAAACUACUACGAUGGCACAAGUUAUACACCCAGAACACGGCAAUCUUGGUGUGAUUUAUGCAAAAAGGUCAACCAGAACCCGAUGCCACGGAAGACGUGGACGAACUUUAAGGCGUGGUUCAAUGAAAGUGAGUGCCGUAAACCACCAGAUCUUGAUUUUGUAACGGAAGAGCUGAAAAACGAGCCAAUGAAACCAUGGCCACGACCUGCCGCCUAA